AUGCGGUCUGAUGCUAUUGCGAAGGUUACUGCAACAGAAAUAUUGCGGUCUGAUGCUAUUGUGAAGGUUACUGCAACAAAAAUAUUGCGGUCUGAUGCUAUUGCGAAGGUUACUGCAACAGAAAUAUUGCGGUCUGAUGCUAUUGCGAAGGUUACUGCAUCAGAAAUAUUGCAGCUGCAAUUGCGGUUGCAGACUGCAAUUUAA